CAUUUCACAUUUCAUUAUGAAGUUUGGAAAAUUGGUUGUUGCAUAACGUGCGAAGAAGGGAUUUUUCUUGGACGUUCAAAUUACGCUGUGCUCUAUCUAGAUUGGAAAAAUGCAAUCUUCCAGACUUUUAUCACGAGUGCUAUUUAGGCCAGCUACCAGAAACUCGUCCUCCAAGGUAAACUUUGAUAUCCCAGCUAUGAACGAACUGCCACAACCUAAAGGCGACUGGAAAACCAAUUAUGAUGCCCUAAAUAGAAGGUACACUCUUCAUUUGCUGUUGGGUAUUGGUACUCUUACUGGUACCUUGAUUUUUGGGAAGGCUGCUGGAUACCUUGAAUUAUACAAUGAUAUUCCAGAAGUUCCAGCUGACAUAAAAAGUUAUAAGUUAUAAAGCAUCGAUAAAGAAUUAGUUAAACCAUAAUUAGUUGUAAUUUGUAAAACCAUUAUACAUAUGUAUAAAUGAAA